AUCAAUUAAACAUGUCAAAUUGACUUCAAUAAAUUUAAGUAGCAACCCCUGACAAUCAAUCAACAUUAAUUCGAUCCAUUCGGCAAUAAUCCGUCAAAAUUUCAAUAGUUAAUAUUCUUUUAAAUUAAAAAAUGCCCCAGAACAGAAUGUCGGUUUGUAGUAAAUGUCAGGACCCACUACCCGAAUUCGACUUCGUAACAUGCAGUUCGUGCAAGGGAAAGUUGCAUUACGAAUGUGCCGGAGUUCGCGAGUCGAACUGGAGGAAAUGCAGUUUAGAACUGAAGAGGAACUGGAAAUGCUAUGCAUGUCGUCAACGGCAGGACAUCAGGUACAAUGAAAGAAACGGUGAAAUCCCGAACAACCACAGUGGAAACGGAAAUAACCAAACGGUAGCAACCAAACCUGAUACCGUGGCUACCAAAAAUUAUAAUGAGAGUGGAGUGUCGCCUGUGAUCGAAAGCCUGAAGGUGAUCGUAAAACAGUUGACCAAAGACGAAUUAUCAGAAGUCAAGCGGAAAAUAUCGGACAUCGAGUCGGUAUUUACCACGUAUUCCGAAAAGCAAGACGAAUUUUCCGUUUUAACGAACAAACUGACAAAAGAGUACUCAAAACUGAAAAACGAGUGUGACCAUUUGCAAGAGCUGAACCGAAAAAUUGAAGGCGACGUUACAGAUGUGAAACUGAAAGCCGAAGAAAUGCGAUGCGUGUGCAGCAUGCAAAGCGUCAAGCCCAAAGAUCAUUAUCUUCUUCCAAAAUUGUCCAAUCCCUCAAUGUCCUCCAGAAGAUCGAUCCAAAGUCCUCCAAAGAAGUCCUAUCAGAUACCGAAACGACUGAGUCUGAUUCCAAUUCGACCAAGAAAAAGUACAGAGGCCACGUCGUUACGAACCUACGAAUCCAACAGGGAUCUAGUGAGCUACACGUCAGGAAAAGCACUAACUCACAUCUACGAUUACGAAGCCUUCGGACGGUACAUUGCGAACGAAAUAUCCAGUUUAACUAUCGACAAGAACCAAAGGAAAUUGAGACUAGAUAUCAUUAAGCUUUGUCUCGACUAUCACGACAAAGAAGAUGACGAUAAUAAUAUUUUCCCUCAUAAGCAGAUCAAUACAGAGUAGUACACUACCAGAAAACUAACCUAACAACAUUUAUGACGACAUGGAGUCAGUAGCUAGUCAGUGACAGAUAUAUUAUGUAAUAUGAAUUAUAGCAAUGUUAUUUUAUACUGUUAUGUUAUCACCAGCUUGUUCAAGGUCUAAUUCAUACAAAGAUCCUUAAUCUCCUUCAUAUGUCCAAUUGAUUAAUACGAUACCUGUAAAAGUUUUUCAAAUAAAUUAAGUGCGUAGUCCUGAUAGAA